AUGCAGUCAUCCAAACGUGAAGUUUUUGACUCGGACGACGACGGCGACAACCUGAGCCCACUAAGUAUUCCGCUGGCUAGUCCGCAGUUGUCACCGCGUCCUUUUUUGCCGUUUGCGACAACGGUGACAACGGCGACGGCCGCAACGCCAAAUUUGCCGGAUACGAGCACCUCGACAGACCCCUCCUUCUUUCGCGAUGUCUACGAGGAGCAGCAGCGGGCUAUCGGAGCGCAAUUGGCGCCACAGCACGCCGAUCUUGGCGACAACCACAGUCGUGGCUCCACUGUGAGCGUGUCUGUUGACAAAGGUGGCCGUGAUCCUUGGGCGGUGCCCAGCAGCCCGAUCGAAGUCGCCGGUCAGCAGCGCGGAUCCUACCUGAAGCGGAAACGGGAAGAGGGUGACCGACGACAACAACAACCACAUCAACAGGCCAAGAGGCAAAAGAAUGUCUCGGUUGUCGUGCAGCUCGACGACCUCAGCAGCGGCCACGCGUCGGAGGCGGCAAAGACCAAGAAGCAGAAGACGGCAGACGAGACUAAUAUCGAAGGCAACACAGUCGUCGAGACCAUUUCCAUUCCCCUCGAGCCCUUGACUCCAAGCCGCUUGCACCAGUAUCCACGACUGCUCAGCAGCAGCAUCGACGACGACGCCCUCGCCGCGGCACACGACCCAUCUUUGCCGAGGCAGCAUGGCCUCGACCUUGGUCUGGAGACUGCGGGUCCUGCUGUUGGGGCUGCGACUCACAAAGACCCCUGUGAGAAUCGUUUGCCACAGCCCGAGGACGGCACACAAAGUACGAUUGCAUUCACGACACCGAGCCUGUAUAAUUCCUCGGGGCGGCGUGUUCCCGGUAGCAGCAAUAAUAUUACCGGCAACUCCAUCUUGAGGCAGAUUAAAAGCAGCAUGGGUCAUGAUGGGGAUGUUGUCCUAGAGGAGGUUGCAGCAGUCGCCACACAAAAUGCAACGCCGUUGAGGCGGGCCCGCAGAACAGCCGAUCUGGCGCAGAUCAUGUCUUCUCCCGAUAUUAUUGCAGAACAAGGCGUACGAGAGCCACGACAACGCAACAGCCCGUUACUUCAAGAGGACGACGAACGCGAGGAUGACGAAGAAGGUGGUGUUGAUUGGGGGGAACCAAAUGCACAAAAUACGACAAAUUCAAUACGGGGGCAGCCAAUGCAGCCGCAAAGCUCUGUUGCGGACGAGCUGUCUAUUAGCCUUGAUGUUCCUGCACAGAGCGAGGCUGUUCAUGAGUUCGAUGCGUCGUACGACUCGUUAAAGGAGAUGAGACUCGUGAAAACGAAGACAAAGAAAAAGAGCCCCAAAAAGAAGCCUCUCAAGAAAAAGGCCGUUUUUAUUGCGGCAUCGGACGAUGAAGACGAAGACGUCGUUGUGACCCCGCCACCAGCCGACAGUGAAAACGACUUCUCUGACGGCCAUGUCAAGAGCAAAGCACCAGGAAAGCGCAAAAGAGGACCUAAGAAAAGAAUGGAAAAGGCGUCGGUUGAGCGGCAAGUGGAACCCGUUCAACCAAAGCCCAACAGCACCAAACGGCCACGAGGUCGACCAAAACGGCAAAAGGCGCCCCUGCCAGAAGAGGAGACCGACGAGGACAUUCUGGUCCAGAGCAUUGUGGAGGACGAGAUGGCCUACGAGUCCGAACAGCCCCAGACGGACGCAAACAUGGCCGCGCCGGACUCGGAAUCCGACGGCGAAGCCGACCUGGAACCACCUACACCUGUCAAGGCAAAAGGCAAAAAGGGGAAGGCAGGCAAAAAAGCUGUCGCAAAGGACAAAAAGGAGAGCAAGGCCGGCCGAGGACGCAGGGCCGCAAGGGUGGACGUUCAGCACACAAUCAGCCAAGAGGCAGUGGACGAAAAGCCGGUUCUUGGUCAGACCAGUGGCAACACGUCCGCGACCAGCUCUGUGAAGGCAGAGGCGGUCGAUGCAGGGGGCGACCUAAAAGAUCAAAAGACAGCGGUUGCUGUCAAAGAGGAGGAGCCACCUCUUCGAAAUACGCCUGCACCGGAGCGGGGAUUGCUCAGCACUGGGCUCAACACCACUGCCAGCCAGGGGCGAGUGCCGUACCGAGUUGGCCUCAGCAAGAAGUUUAGGAUUGCGCCGCUCCUCAAGAUGAUACGAAAGUGA